AUGACUGGCCCUGACGAACAGGACGAUUUCAUAUUUCGUCCUCAGCACCAUUUGGAUGCUAAAUGGCUGAAUCCGGAACUACAAGAUGCUUUGCUCAAUCCAGAAGCUAUGUGUACACUAUUUAACGCCCUUUUACAAGACCGAGAAAUAUAUUUUGAGACUGGAAACGGGCUCGUAAAUAGUGUUGGAAUUACAGCUAAAUUGGGAGAUAGUGGCAAAUAUUACUGUGGAUUGAGGAUUUUAAACUGCACAUGCUGUGAUGGUCUUUGUGGCCCCCAUUCUGGAUGUGCAUGUGCACCUUGUAGUACACUGUCUGCAGAGGAAGAUCUCCGGAAGGCUCUGCUAUCAAAAACUGUUGCACCAGCUUCGUCUAUUCAAGUUGUAGAUGAUUUAAAAUGGAAGCAAGAUCCAGGUCCAGAAUGUUUACAAAGUCUAAUGGAGUCACUGAUAUGGGAACAGCGUGUCCGUGCCAUCAACACAGCUGCCACUUGUCCAUACAUUGCACAAGUCCGACGUUUGAUAGUAAUGUGCUAUCGACACCUUGUAGCUGUUAUUAGGGAUCAAAAUCACCAUAAAGAAUUAAAAAAUAACAAAUUAGAUAAAAAACCUCCACAUGGUGUUAGUAAUAGAGCUCUCAGUAAAGUUGUCAGUACACUGAAUAAUCCUGUGGAACUUACUGAUAGUCAAGAAGACACAGAAGAACAGAUAGACGAUUCAGAAAAUGCAUUUGGCCUCGCUCGAGUUGGUGCCCGUGCGGCUCUUCGGCUUGCUUUAUCUCUGGUGAGGCGCGCGUGGCGCUGUGGUGAAGACGCUGACGUAUGUUCGGCAUUGUUGCGGGAUGCGUUAGACGCUGUGCGAGCCUUACCCGACGCGGCUUUGUUCGCUGGCACAGGGGCGCUGCAACAAGCGCCACGUUCACAAAAGAUAUGGGCGGAAGUAGUUGAUAGUGCAGCUAAAUUCCUUCAUCAAGUUGUGGCUGGUGAGGUGGGCUGUAACGUUCCCCUUGGCGACUGGCGUACAUCGUUAUGUGUGUGGGUGGAGCUGUGUGCCCGUCGCGCGGAACUACCGGCGCUGCUCAAGGCAGCUGAUGUUCUAGUCACUCUACCGCCGCGUCAGAAACGGCAACCAGACAACAGAAUAACACUGGAAGAAUGUACUGCACCAUUAGGACCAUUUCUAAGACGUAUGGCUAAAGUAGCAGCGCCAAAUCCUAUUUUAAACAACGAACCAACAACUGAAGUUAAUCCUACAGAGACAUAUCUAAAAGAACUCAAUCUACCUAGUGGAGAUGGAUUAAUGGAAGUUAAAAAAGCUGGCAUUGCCUUAUUAUGUCAUUUAGACCGUCUAGGAGCACCUUUAUUACCACCAUUAAAGGGAUUUGUCACUUGUACAGAAUCAGCACAAGAUGUAGUCUCGGUGUCUUCAGGACCACUGCAACUAGGAACUUUAAGAAUUCAGCAGAUUGCCUGUGCUGAAAAAUUAGCAUUAUUAUUAACUCACGAUGGUGCAGUGUACACACUUCCAUAUGAUACUAUGACCCCACAACUUAUUCCAGGCCUAGAAAGCAAGACGAUAAUCCAAGUGGCGUGCCACUCGGCGGCGCGCCACUACCUGUGCUGUUCGUCGUGCGGCGCGGCGUGGUCGUGGGGCGCCGGCGACGACGGCCGCCUCGGCCACGGAGACACCGCGCCGCGUGAUGCGCCCGCGCCCAUACACCACCUCGCGCACCACGAGGUCGUCAGAGUCGCAGUCGGCCCAGCGUGCAGUGCUGCACUUACGUCUCGUGGCGCUUUAUAUACUUGGGGCCGGAGCGCGCAGGGUCGACUCGGGCACGGAACGCUGGAAAGCUGCCUCACGCCGCAACCGGUAUCCUUCAGCGCGCACAACAUAGAACGUGUCGUUGACGUCGCCUUAGGGUGGGGUGAAGGACAAACGCUUUGUUCUACGUUGGAGGGGGCAGUGCAGGUAUUCGGCGACAGCGAAGCCGGAGCGCCGCGAGCUCUGACCUCCGUCGCAGUACUGAGGAUCACUCGUGUCUACACCGGCGAGCAUUGGCAUGCUGUGCUUACUGACGGUGGUCAGGUAUAUACAUGGGGUAAAGGUGAUGGUUAUAGACUUGGUCAUGGAAAUUUAGAAACCAUUAAAGUGCCUAAAUUAUUGGAUACUCUUCAAGAUAUUCGAAUAGUGGAUCUGUCGUUGGGUGCGUCGCAUGGUAUAGCGUUGUCAGCAGAAGGGGCGUUAUUUGCGUGGGGUACGCAUGAACGUGCCCAAAUAAAUCGACCUGUACCACAACUGUUGCAAGUGCUUAAUCCCUCAUUUAAAGCAAACGGUGUUACAAGUGGUCCGACACAAAUCAUUGCUUGGAGCCAAGAAAGUCCUAGGGAUCUGCCUUCUUCCAUGCCAUUUGUUAUAGAUUUAUCAGAUAGUACUUUCAAGUUAUUAGAAAGACUUUUAAGGAUAGUCGUGGAGCAAAGCAAUUCGGGUUAUAACAAAGAAAAUGAAUGCCUCGCUAUUUCUUGUUUAAAUUUGCUGAGGCUUCAGGUGCACGCAUGGCAAACCAACCAAAUGGUCGCGCGCACGAAAAUUGACGGCUUGCGGCGUUUAGUGAACAAGUUCGGUUCUUCGCCAGCUAGUGCGGGUGCUAGGUUUAUGACUGAAUUAUUGGUGUGGUCAUUACUUGGAGGCGGUGGGCUAACGGAUGCCCUAAAACAUGCUCUACAAGUUAAUUCCUCGGACGCCUAUAAUCAUUUGCAACUUGAUACAAGCUAUGACCAAGUAGAUAUAAUAACUGGACAAUGCAAGACUCGUCAAGCAGCGUCAUCUUGUGAAAACGGGGAAACUGUGCAAGGAUUCACGGAGGAAUAUCAAAUAAAUAAUGCUACAUCUUCAGAUAAAGGGGCAUCUGUACCUCUUAUGCAUCUGGUAAAACAUCUGAUUAGAAACACUAGUAGCCAGACACAAAUGCAUAUAAGUUGUAUUAUUAACGGCAAUACAAGCAAGACUGACGAUCCAAAGGGACACGACACCGUUAGCCCUAGCUGUGAGCUUCUUAUUCGAUUCCAAAGGUUGUUAUUCUGCGAGGCGAUGUGGUGCCGCGGUGGGCGCGGUACACGUGGCGGCGUGCGCGCGCUGCUCGCGCAGUACACGGCGCUGCUGGCCGACCACGUGCACGCCACGCUCACGAGCUUCACGCGCGCCGUGCACCGCGCGGACAACGACCAGCUCGCGGCGCUCUGCGACCUCAUCGCCGCUGACAUCGUUGGCCGAGUAAUCAGCGAAUUGAAUGCUUGGGUUAACGCUUGCGCUAGUCGCUCGCCCGGUGCCUUGACUGAUUCUGCUAGUUCACUAGUAAAAAUAGCACGUGCUUGUGAUGAAGCCGCGCGGUGUCUACCUUCUUCUGCCAAAUUGGAUGCUGAUUUACUAGGAUGGCCUGGACUAGUAUCUAAGAGACACCAAUUGAACAACAGUAUUAUACGAAAAUGUGAUCUUCAAAAUCACACAAAAGAUGGUGGCGCAUGGAUCGUAGUAAGCGGGCAUGUCUACGACGUAGAAAACUUUGAAUGUGAAAGCGCCAGUACCGUGGAGGUGAUACGGAAGCUGCGCGGGUGCGACGCGACUGCCGCGCUCAGCGUAGAGCCACAUGCUGCUUAUCUGUCGCGCAUAACGACCAAGUGCGUUGGCUUGUACGCAGACCAAAUCUACACACACAAGUGUCAGGAGAAUACAUCAAGUCUCCGUGCUUACCACGUACUAUCUUCGAGUGCGUUUCAUUUAGCGGUGGGUCUGACUCAGUGCGGAGCGAGACUUGCUCGCUCGCUACCUGUGCAGCCAGCGGAGCGAGACGCAGCGCCUUACGCCGCUGCCGUAUUUCUUAGAGGCGGUCUUCAAGUAUCACAACUAACGAACCCGUUCGAGGAGGAAAAAGCGGAAGCCCGUAGCGGUUCAUCAACGGGCGGAAACAGUCCUGCAAGCGAUGCACCGCCCGCACGUAACUCGCGUCCGCCUCCUAAGAGUAACGUCAACACCUCGCAUGCUCGCGCUGAUGCGUUGUUGUACGCGCUCGCUGAACCUAAAUUGCAUGAUCCUUUAGCAUUACAUCUGUGGUGGGCAUGCGAGAGGCGAGAAGGUUGCGCGCCACACUUUCCUCCGGAACAUCCAUUAGAAGAGUUGAGACGAGCAAUCGUUGCGUCAUACAUAUUCCAUGCUGGGAGGCCUAUUAUAUGUUUUAAAUGUAUGGACAUAGUUCCACUUAAAAGGGACAAGAAGGGAAAUGUAUCCAAAAUAGAACAAGAUACAACGGAUUACCUUUGUCCUGUAGUUGUAUCUAGAUUGGAAAACAGAAAUUGUGACAAAUGGGUAAUUUAUUUAUGGAACAUCGGACAUGGAUUCGAAAUGGAAAAGGGUGAAGUUAAAUUAUCGCCUGCCAUGUCAGAGAUCGUUAAAGCAGUACAGCAAAGCAAAUGGACUCUAAUGAGGACAAGACAACAGUUAUCGCGUGGAUAUAAGGAGGUAUGCGCUGCACCAUUAGAGCGCGCGCGGUUCCUUCUGCACGAAGUACGCGCGGCCGUAUCGCCGGCGGUCGCUGCGCUGCAGAAACGUCCGCCCUCACAUCGCCCUCCCACUGCCAAGAGAAUUUUCCAGAAGGUCAUGCGGGCCGCGAAGACGCCUAGUUUUAAUAAAUGUUUUGAAACAACUAAAGACUUAAGAAAUAGACAAAACAGUUUAAGCAAAAGCAUGUUAAAAGCGACCGGAAGUUUAUUACAAGGUGACGCUUUGCUAAUAAAGUCCUCAAUUGCUAACGCAUCUACCAAAACUCCAGAGGAUAUCCCGCCGAGUAUUAUUGUAGAAACGUCAAGAGGGCAUUUAAUUGAAGGUGUUGGUGACAUUAAAGAAUUAUCAAAUCAAAUAACGAAAUCUAAAUUAAAAAUAAAAGAUAAACCUCUUGAGAAGGACAUGAAAAAUGCAUCAAACUACGAUGACAUGCGCAAUGAAGGACGUAGUGACUAUAAACUGAUCGAGAGAGAGGAUAUACUGGAUAAAGACAUUGACGAUAAGACGCCUACAAACGAAAUAUCUAUGAGUUCCAUGAACGAUAUGACUGACAAUUCGGUUUUGAAAGAAUCAAUGGAAAGUGAGAAACAAGUAAUGUUGCUUGCUGAUGAUCUUAAAAAUGACCUCAUUAUGGCUAAUGAAGAAAAAGACGACGAUAACUCUGAAAGAAAUAAAUUUGUUAAUGCUUGGGUCUCUAGACUAGCUUGCGAUGAAAAAGAUUUAUAUUGGAUGCUCGAAGAAGUAACCCCAGAGCAGCAAAGUUUAACUACUGCCGUUAUUGACUUCGUUAUGACUGAAAAUCCGUGCGAUAUUGAUAUUCUUAGAAGGGCUUUAUACUGCCAGGUGCAAAGAGCAGAGAUGAGACGAAAUGGAUACGAUAUGAUAAAUUCUAUUUUACAUUCAUCACAGACCAUGUCUGAGAGUGUUAAGUAUGCUGCCUUAGUUGGUUUACUAGGUGCAUCAUUUGCAGAUUCAGUUCCGCCAAUACCUCUAAAACCUACCAUACCGCUGACCCCGCCACUUGCAGGAAUUGAAUCUGUAAUACCAUAUUCAAAAUAUAUGGUGCUUCUGGAAAGAUCGAAGUUAAUGGAUUUUAUUCUCAUAGAAUUGAAGGCGAGAGUUUUAGAAGGCGAACAUACGCAACCGCUACCAUUGAAGAUGAGUGCUAAUUAUGGAGCACAUGCUUUGUUGAAUCGACCUUCUAGGGCACGGUUCUUAAUAACGCUGCUAUCCCUACUCAUUGAAGGAUGUCAAGGACCAGAGCUCGAACAACUGAUAAAUAGCGGAGCAUUAAGCUCUUGUUUGACAUUAUUAAAACAAAUUGGUGGUGAUACAUCUCAACAUGCUUCUUUACUUUGUAAUGGUCUUAAAUCAAAAAUGGAUUGUUUAAUUAUCUAUGAAGAUGAACGCUUAGGUGCUCGCGCUCGAGGUGCUUCUCUAUCAGGGCCUGAACUUGCAUCAUUAAUGAAAAUUGGAACACGUGUAGUCCGUGGCAAGGACUGGAAAUGGGGUGAUCAAGAUGGAGUGCCAGGCGGGGAGGGUCGGGUGAUCGGUGAGCUCGGCGAGGAUGGGUGGGUGCGGGUAGCUUGGGACGCGGGUGGAACGAACUCCUACCGAAUGGGUAAAGAGGGCAAGUACGACCUAAAACUCGCACGUUCACCGUCUCCACCGCCAUCUAUUGACGAGACAGUUCAUGGAACUGUGGACAACACAAUCGAGUGGUGGCCGGUGAGCGAGGUGCGCGCGGCGUGCACGGGCGCGGUGCGGGCGCUGUGUGCGGGCGCGGGGGCGGCGGCGGGCGCGGCGCGGGCGGCGGCCUCGCGACGGAACGUGGCCGCGCUGCAGCGCCGCCUACUCACGCUCGCACACACGCACUCCACGCCGCCGCCCACCGCAUUCGCCGCCCAACAACAUACGGCCCUCGCCUUAGUUAGAGCAAGCGCCCAGAGUCCUGAGAUGAGAAUAUCAUUGUGCACUGACUCGUGGUUUGAACUAUGUUAUAGUAUUAUUUCGAUCACUGAUAAACCUAUAUCACAAGAUCUAGUGUACCUCCAAAUCCAGGCACUGUGGUUGCUGCGACGAGUAUUAGUAGAACAUAACGGACCUAAUGAGUGGCGGCGUACAGUUGGAGCGCAACUGUUGGCAUUAAUUGGACGGCUGUGGUUAGAGACACAUGCAUCUGACACAGCGUUGCGACCUAACCAUAACGCUAUCACUCCCAGCGGCGAUGAAGAAGAAAUUGACAACAGAUGGCGCGCGCCAGCGACGGCGAGCUACACGGGCGCGACGUGCGCGGCGCUGGUGCAGCUGGUGCGGCAGCUGCACGCCGCGCCGCAGUGGCACACGCCGCUCUCCGCGCUGCUGCUCGACAAGCUGCAGCUCGCCGCACAAAUGGUAACAAGUGAUUGGCAUUGGUGGCCACAUACUAGUCAAGAUUUGACACAGACGAUCAAACCAGCUCCGCCCACGCUCGACACGUGUUUGAUUGCGGGCGUCUUGGGAGUGGUUGGUGGUGUCGAGUGGCGUAUAAGGUUAGGUCAACGUGUUACCGCUGGAUCACCGCCUCGGAACGCCGUCGUCACACAACUGUCACCUAGAGCAAAAAUCACUUUAGUGCACGACGACAACACGCAUACUAAGAGUGAACUGAGCGGGAUACAAAGUUCAGAGUUGGACCGGCUAAGUCAACCGCUAGGCGGAGGCGAGAGUGCAUUGCGGGUAUGUGCAUCGCUAUUAGGUGCUGGACCGCAGGCCUCACCGAUGCAUCCUCAUCACUUACCCGCCGAAAUAGACUUGUAUGGGCUUAGAAAACAGCAAAUGGAAUUACUAACUCUGUGUGCUGUACGUGGGCUAUUGACUACACGCACACGCCUUCGGAAAGUGUUGAUGCAGCCGCCUGAUAAUGCCGGUACUUUGGAAAGAGGGACCUGUCUAGGAACCGAGGGUACAUUGUUACGGCGCCUCUUGGCAUUGGCGACGCGGCCCAGUCCACUAUCUGCCUCGCACACGCCGCGCGAGCUCACGGCCGCUGCACUCACUAUAGUACAACAGUUGGCAGCGCAUGUUAAUGGUGAAGAGAAAGAGCACGAGUCUCCACCCGAUUUACCCAUUAUUGACAAAAGUAACGUCAUGCAGUUAUCAAUGGGCCCCUCGACUAGCACAGCUUCGUUGUCUCGUAAAGAUCUCAAUACAUGGGCGAACUCGUCGCAAGUACAACAAGUCAUUGAAAUGGGAUUCUCCCGACAUGCGGUUUACGCUGCGAUUCAAGCUUUAGGCGGUACUAGUUUACCAUCAGUGGAAUCUCUAGUUGCAUAUUUACUAGAGCUACCUCAGCAAGGUAUGGACGAUACAGUGUUUGAAAAACCACACACGUCCAAAAUUGAGAAGAAGCAAACGCCGUACCGGUGGCGUAGUUGUUUUGCAUCCGAGGAUGAGUAUGCUCAGUAUGUAUCUGACGUCAUCACACCUGGCAUGACGGUGAGAUGCUGUAAGGCAUUCGAAAGUGUGGCGUUAGGUGAUGUUGGUCAAGUGCAAAAAGUUGAACGAGAUAUAAAACAAAACAUCUUUCUUCAUGUGGAAUGGCGUGGUCUGGGUCGCGUAUUCGGUGUACGUGCAGUGCACGCAGAAGUGGUGUCAGGCGGACCUCCCUUUGCACCUGGAGAUAGGGUACGGGUACGCGCCGCCGUCACUCAGCCGCGAUACAAAUGGGGAUGCAUCGAUCACUCCAGCGUCGGCACCGUUACCGGUAUAUCCGCAAACGGUCGUGACUUGACAGUUGACUUUCCUCAACAACCGGGUUGGACUGGACAAGUUAAUGAAAUGGAACUAGUAACAGAUCAAUCCGAAUGGGGUGAAAGUGCUGGCGGAUCAACUGUUGGAUGGCGUGGAGCUGUGCGUGCUGUUCGCGUGUCAUCUUGUCGUCCGGGUGCUGGGGCGAGGCGGUUAAUAGACUCACAGCCGCACACCUAUUGGCAGAGCUCUAGUGGCAAUGGACAGCACUGGAUCCGCGUGGAGAUGCGGUGCGGCGUCCGCAUCCGCCGCCUGGGCCUGGGCGUGGCCGGCGGCGGGCACGGCGCGGCCGCGCUGUCUGUCCGCGCGGGCGGCUCGUUCGACGAGGCGGCGCUGGCCCCGCUGGCCGCCGUGCCGUGUGCACCGCCCUCCGCAACCGCACGAGACCGCCCGCCCGCACACCUCGCGCAGAUACAGCUGCUCGCCGACUGCAAACAGUUCUAUCCGUGCAUCGAGAUCGGCAUUAAGCAAAAUCGCAACGUUAACGCAGAUUGCCGCGUGCAUGGCCUCUACAUAACGGGAUUUAGACCUAACCCUCUUUAUAACGACGUUUUAUUGAGUAUGAAUUUUGUAGCCGAAGAUUGGAUGGAAAGAGAUAACUCAAUAAGUUCUGUAGCAUCUGAAAAUAACCCACCUGCUCUACCUAGUGACUGCCCGAAGGUAUUUGUAUGGGGAUUAAAUGAUAAAGACCAACUGGGUGGAGUAAAAGGUUCUAAAGUGAAAGUUCCAGUAUUUUCUCCCAGCCUCAGCGCAUUGCGACCUGUUCACAUUGCUGGGGGUUCGAAAACACUUUUCAUUGUAUCUCAUGACGGAAAAUUAUAUGCGUGCGGAGAGGGCACGAAUGGCCGACUCGGUCUGGGGCACAGUAAUAACGUGUCAACGCCUCGAGCGAACCCGUACUUGUCACACGUGCUCGUGCGUCGCGUCGCCGUUCACUCGGGGGGAAAACACGCACUCGCCCUUACUGCAGAUGGAAAGGUUUAUUCAUGGGGUGAAGGUGAAGACGGUAAAUUAGGUCACGGAAAUCGCAUCACACUUGAAAUUCCACGACUAAUUGAAUCUUUGUCUGGAGAGCGAGUAGUGAGCAUCGCCUGUGGUUCCGCCCACAGCGCAUGCGUUACAGCCCGGGGUCAUCUGUACACAUGGGGCGUCGGCGAGUAUGGGAGACUCGGCCAUGGUGAUGACAUGACCCAGCUAGUACCUAAGAUGGUGGAAUCACUGGCCAGUGUCCGGGUAGUGCAAGUAGCGUGCGGAUCGCGCGAUGCCCAAACUUUAGCGCUGACGGCUUGUGGCAAGGUCUUCUCAUGGGGAGAUGGCGAUUUUGGUAAAUUAGGUCGUGGUGGCUCAGAAGGAUGUGCAAUUCCAAUGAACAUUGAAAGACUUAAUACUCUGGGAGUAGUUCAGGUAGAAUGCGGCGCUCAGUUCAGCCUAGCUUUAACUAGGGAUGGAGAGGUGUGGACGUGGGGUAAGGGCGACUAUUUCCGCCUGGGACACGGGUGCGACGCGCACGUGCGGCGGCCCACGCUGGUGGAGGCGCUGCGCGGCCGCCGCGUGGUGCACGUCGCCGUCGGCGCGCUGCACUGCCUCGCCGUCACCGCCGACCACCAGGUGUGGGCGUGGGGCGACAACGACCACGGGCAGCAAGGCAACGGCACCACGUGCGUGAACCGGCGGCCCGCGCUCGUGGGCGGCGUGGAGGGCGUGCAGCGCGCCGCCGCCGGCUCCUCGCACUCGGCCGCGUGGUCGCUGCGGCCCGCCGCCCUGCACGCGCACGCAGACACGCACACGCUGCACAUCGCGCCGCUGGCGUUCCCCACGCUCAAGGAUCCGCUCGGAGCUCAAAGUCUCGGAUUGUAUUCUGAAGAGAUCGUGGUGGAAGAGCCUCAAGGUCCACGAGCGUCCUUAGCGGCUGCAGCUCUGGCGCUGGAGCCUCCCGUGGCUGUACAACAUGCGUUAUCGCUUAUAUUACUCGCAUUACACAUCACUCAGGCACGCAGUUUAUUAGUAGAAGCGUUGCGGGCACACGAAGCGUGUUCGACCGUAGCGCCUGUAUCUGUCGGCAUUGACACUGAGGACGAAGAUGCCGAAGCAGACGCGCGCACUGGAGGCGGCGAGGCACCCGCGGAUAGAGCCACAUUGCCGAGUGGAGCAAGUAGCCCCCUCAGUGGUUCAAUAUCGUCGCGACAUUCGGCAGUGAUGUCAUCCAGCGCAGUGUCAGUGGCAGCCGCUACUAUGACUGUACAACAAGCGGAGGCCCCUAAAAUGGCUUUGGAUGACUUUACAUCUCAACUUGGUGAGUCGGAUGCGAGAGCUCUUGUGGAUUUGCUCAAGUUGGCUGCUGCUGGACGGAUACCAGAUGCAAAUAAUGCUGUUAAGAUCAUCACUGACGUGUUGAUGGCGUUGUGUGCCAGCAAACCUGCCGUAGCAGACAUGGUGGUAGAAGUGUGCGUGUGUGAACUGGAGGAGGCCGCUGCGGGCGGAGGGCGAACACCCCCGCAGCCUGUCACCGUCGACAGCCCGCAUCCGUAUGCAGAUGACACUGAUAUAUCUGGCGUUGUGAAGAUUCCCGGCGCAUCGUCACUUCGUGUGACCUUUGAGCAGGGCUGUUCUACAGAGCGUCGCAAUGAUCCACUCACUAUAUCCGACAAUACAGGACGCGUAGUGGCUACGCGGUCAGGUCGCGAGACUACCGAUUGGGUCCAAGAAAUCAUCGUACAAGGUGAUGAACUACGAUGGAGAUUCACAAGUGAUAGCUCCGUCAACGGCUGGGGUUGGAGAUUCACUGCUCAUCCUAUAUUACAGUCGUACUCUGUUGUUGAGACCGGUUCAGAUCGCUACGUGUUGUCGUGUCCUUCAGUCGAGUUAGCGUGGCGCUUGUUAGAUGGACCACUAUUGGCUGCUAUAUCGAACGAUCACCAAUUAGCGCCGCGGCUAGCUCAAGCUCUUGCCAUAUGUGCCCAAUUGCCCACUUUGUCGUGGCGCGGACGCGUGUGGUGCGUGCGGCGACUGCGCGGCGUGGUUUGCGGCACGGGAGGGGGCGGGGGUGCGGGCGCGGGGGCGGCGGCGGAGGCAGGCACGGGCGCGCCCCCCGCGCUCCACCACCUGCCCGCGCUGCUGCACGCGCAGUACGAGCACGAGGAAUCAGCGCUGCGGACCGGCACGCACCUUAUGCAUACGCACUAUUUUAAGGAGCUAGUUUUGCUCGCAUGCGGCUUGCGUAUGGACACACGAGUAUGUAAUGGCCCCGAUGCGGCUCGUUGGACGUGGUUCAAGCGCUACUGUCUCUGUAUACGCACGGCCGACGCGCUUAUACGUCGCGUGCCGAUGCCUAUAGCUUUCUUAGCGGACGUCCGCAAACGUCUAGCGGACCUGGGCAUAUAUAAUGUGGAAGAGAGUAGCACAGAUGCGCAGUACCCCUGGGAAGACAACACGAAGUUUACUCGGCAACACGACGAACAGUUGCUGCACUGGGUUAAUAAGCGUCCGGAGGAGUGGAACGGGUGGUGGGGCGGUGGGGCACGUGGGUGCGCGGUGUAUGGGUGGGGACACAACCACCGCGGGCAGCUGGGCGGCGUCGAUGGCGCUAAGGUGCGUGCGCCCACACCCUGCCACGCGCUCGCCGCGCUCAACCCGGUGCAACUCGUCGGGGGCGAGCAGACGCUGUUCGCCGUCACGCCCGACGGGAAGCUCUAUGCCACUGGAUAUGGAGCAGGUGGUCGCCUAGGUAUAGGUGGUAUUGAUUCCGUCGCUCAGCCUACUUUAUUAGCAUCCAUUCAGCACAUCUUUAUAACUAAGGUCGCUUGUAAUUCUGGAGGGAAACAUUGUUUAGCGUUGUCAUCUGAUGGAGAAGUAUACAGUUGGGGUGAAGGUGAAGAUGGCAAAUUGGGGCACGGCAACAGAGUGAGCUACGACCGUCCUAAACUUAUAACAGCCUUAUCUGGCAUGGAAGUAGUAGCUAUUGCGUGCGGAGGAGCGCACUCGGCAUGUCUGACGGCUCGUGGACGUAUCUACACGUGGGGGAAGGGCCGAUACGGACGGCUCGGUCAUGGCGACUCGGAGGACCAACUGGUGCCGAAAAUGGUGGAAGCAUUAACAGCUUUUCGCGUAAUAGACGUCGCGUGCGGUUCUGGUGACGCUCAGACACUUUGUAUUACUGAUGACGAUAAUGUAUGGUCUUGGGGAGAUGGUGACUAUGGGAAAUUAGGGCGAGGUGGUUCAGAAGGCUGUAAGGUUCCAAUGCGAAUAGAUUGUCUAAAGGGACUGCGAGUUAUAAAAGUCGAAUGUGGUUCGCAAUUUUCCGUUGCUUUGUGCCAAUGUGGAAGUGUUUAUACUUGGGGAAAAGGAGACUAUCAUAGACUGGGCCAUGGUAGCUAUGAGCAUGUAAGACGUCCAAUGCGUGUAACUGGAAUGCAGGGCAAAAUGAUUGUGUCCAUUGCUACAGGUAGUUUACACUGUGUAGCGUGUACUGAUAACGGCGAAGUGUACACUUGGGGCGAUAACGACGAAGGACAACUUGGGGACGGCACCACGCUCGCGGCGCAGAGGCCACGCCUACUCAUGGCGUUACAGGGCAAGCGCGUGACGCGCGUGGCGUGCGGCAGCGCGCACACGGUGGCGAUGUGUGUGGAGGCCGCGCACGCCCCGCGCCCGCCGCCCGCGCCGCCGCUCGAGUGCCACCUGCUGCGGGACCUCGCCGCCAACCAACACCACCUACUCUGUCACCGUCUGGUUCUACUACAUCAGUUUUCGGAACUUGUUUGUCCCAAUUUGCCUCUAUUGAUUUUGGAUGGACCCCUAGAUCAGCUUAGAACUCUACUAUUUUAUAGCGUGAAGGAAGCAGCGUUUAGGAAGGCGAUAAUGGCGACGAUGGUGCGCGAGCGGCAGCACGGGCCUGUGGUGGAGUUGUCGCGUGUGGCGGCUCGCCGCGCUCGCCGCGGCGGUUCAGGGCUUGCGGGCGCGGCCGGCAUGCGCUCCGUGUUCGGGCAGAUGGUCGCGCGCCUGCCCGCACUCACGCAGGACGCUCUCGCGCUCCCGCACCGGGUGUGGAAAGUCAAAUUUGUCGGCGAGAGUGUGGACGACUGCGGCGGCGGGUACAGCGAGAGUAUAGCGGAGAUGUGUGAAGAGCUGCAGAACGGGUCGUUACCGCUGUUGAUGGCGACGCCAAACGGGCGCGGCGACGCGGGCGCCUCCCGAGAUGCUUUCCUUCUCAACCCCACCGCUAACACGCCGCUACAUCUCAAUUGUUUCCGUUUCCUCGGUGUAUUAAUGGGAAUAGCAAUUCGGACCGGCUCACCACUGUCACUGUCAUUGGCCGAAGGAGUAUGGCGGCAACUGGCUGGUCAACCGCUCCGCCCGCAAGACCUAGCCGAAGUUGACAAAGACUUUCUGCCUGCUCUACUUUGUAUCAGAGAUAUGACACCUAACAAUAAGGAGCUACAGAAUUUAGAAUUGCCCUUCUCAAUUCCAUCGGCGGCGGGUCACGAGGUACCACUGUCAACAAGGCACAAACGUGUCACUCCUGAAAAUAAGGACGAAUAUGUGCAACUGGCGCUCCAUUACAGACUGCACGAGUUCGACGAGCAGGUGCGCGCGGUGCGUGACGGCAUGUCGCGCGUGGUGCCGGCGCCACUGCUGGCGUUGUUCCAGGCGGCCGAGCUGGAGACGCUCGUAUGCGGCUCGCCGGAUAUACCCGUACACGCGUUACGGGCUUCCGCCACUUAUAAAGGUAUAGAACCGAACGCGCCUCUAGUGCAAUGGUUUUGGGAAGUAAUGGAAGAGCUGUCAGGUAGCGAACGGGCUCUGUUUCUGCGCUUCGUGUGGGGACGGACGCGACUGCCGCGUGCUCCUCAAGACCCCAGGCAGAGGGACUUUGUGCUACAGGUUCUCGAUAAAUAUCAUCCAGCCGACCACUUCUUGCCAGAGAGUUACACAUGUUUCUUUCUGCUGAAGAUGCCAAGAUAUUCCUGCAAAGCUGUUUUACGAGAGAAAUUAAGGUACGCCAUACACUUCUGCAAAAGCAUAGACACGGACGAGUACGCGCGUGUCGCACUGAGUGCGGCCGAGCGCGUUUCCUCCGAAGAGUCGGAUUCGGACGGUGACGUCAUCCCGGCCUCCGGUCAGUCUGCCGCUACGCUCGCGUCCGCCUCAACCUCGGCCACCACGACCGCCACUCACACGCCGCCACUAUACUCGCUCACUCGGGCCCCUACAUGGUUGUAGACAAAAUACAUUGUAUUACAUUAUAAACACGGCACCAUACAGCUUCAAAUACACAUAUAACAGUUAUACAGCGGAACGGGUAUUAAAAAUCUGCUGCUGUCUUGUAUCGGAUCAAACUGUACACAGUUUAAAUAAAUGUAGCGUAACUCACUUAUGUUAAGGCCAGUACUAAGUGAAUACUGUGGGCGCACAUGUUUACAAAGUAUAUUAAUCAGGUACGCUGUGUAUGCGACAAGUUUUGUUCAAAUGCAAAUUUUGAAGUUGCCUGGCGCCGUAGAUGUAUGUCUUUAGGUUACAUUUUUAUGGUGUUCAAUGAUAUUGUAUUUAUGUUUAGAAUUGAAAUUUAUUGGUAUUAAAAUUAGGCGUGUAAAUAAACUUUAACAAUCUGAAAUAGGGUUGUUAAGAAGUGUAGCUCUUUAUUACGAUUACAGCACUUGGACGUGAACAUUUUGCAUAUUUUGCAAAGUACAUUAUCAACCUAAGAGCGACUACCAUUUUUUUUAUUUACGUUGUUAGUGUUUUCUGUCAACGGAUAUAUGUUACUGUUGGUCGAUAUAUUUUUAAUAAUUCCAAGUUUUGUUUUAACCAUGAAUGUGACGAAAUUUUUUUGGAAAUACAUACUAUAUCGAUCGUAAUUGAAUACUCUUAUUAUCGCUAUACUCAUGAAGAAUAUCCAUAUACUUAUACUAAUUACAUUUACAUUUUAUUACUUAGUAUAGACAUUUUUAUAUAAUUAUUUGUCGAUAGUAUAUAACUAUCUUGUAUUGUCGCAAUAUAAGUCGACGUUAUAUUUAUAAAGCGUUUCGCAGCUUGCUUUUGAUUGUAGCAUUCCAUCCAAAGCUAGUUGUCGCUUAGGAAGCUUCUCCGGGUGUUAUUAACUUUUGAUAAUGGCAUAACUAGGAUACUGUUUUAGACUUUUCGGAUUAAUAAAUAAUACAACGAGGCCCACUGCCAACAUUCCAUUAAUAUCGUGACUAGUAAGUUAAUAGUUAUGAUAAUUAUGUUCCAAAUAAGACUCAGUAUAGUUAUUACUAUACGCUAUUUCUAAUAUACUUAGAUUAACCGUAUAUCUAAAUAGCUGCGGAAUCGCUUGUAGACACUAUUAGCAAUUAUUUGUACAGGAGUACAAACUAUACUAAUUAUAACUCCACUUUAAAUAUUUGGUUAUGUUAUGAUAUAUUUUAUAUAAUUCUGGUCAUAGUGCUAUUAAUUUGAUAAUGAAAGUCGAAUAGAUUGGAGCUUGAAGCAACUGUGAUGUUUAGAUGUUGGUGAACGAGUUGAAAGACUUAGAUAGGUAUUAUUAUGAAAGGUGCAUUUUAGAAAACAUUGAAUAAUCUAAUUAAGUAUAAAAGUCAAGAUUGAGCACCAUAUACAAUAAAAGUGAUACCAUUGUUUGCAGUCAGCAUAAGUGCUAUUAUUAUGAAACAUUUAUAUUGACACAAAUACAAUAUUAAAUUAUGUGAAGAUACUAUUCAUUAAUAACGAAGAGCUCUUGAAUGAAGUAGUGAUAUUAGUUCAAUUUAUAUUUAUUUAUUUCAUUUCGAAAAUGAGUUUGCUAAAUGGGUAUAUUUAUUGUUGUUGCGAAUAUUGUUUUAUGGCUUCUCUUUUUUGUACAUAGUGUUCCAUCUUGACUUUUUAUUUUGGAUUGAAAAGCUAGUCAAGUUGAGGUUGCAAUGUUGGUAUAGUUAGGUAUAAACUCAUAUAAAGUUCGUUGAAUUUACUUGUCAUCUUUAGUAAAUACUCUUGGCAUACUUUUUUACUAAAAUAAAUAAUAUUUUUAAAUAUCCUUUAAAAAAUUAACCCAA